AUGAAGAAGAAAGCGCUCGUGGCAGUCUGGGUGUUGGCGUUACUGCCUGUGGGAAGAUCAGAGAGUUUUGAUUUUUCCACCUUGAAGUCUAUGUUCGACUUCUCUGCCCAUACUCCAGGCACGAGACUUCGAGGGGGUAACGCAGCCGUCGAGUUCUGCACCGAUCUGUCGAGGACUGUGAAGCAACUAGCGGAGCAUGCGCGAGAAAAGCUGGAGUUGCGAAUGGGGGCAGGGGUGGCGGAGGUUGGAAGCAAACUGGGGUCAAGCAUGGCUGAAAUGCACACGCUUUUGAGGAAUAGAAAGUCUGAGCUGGGGGCAUUCGGAGAGUUCUCGGCUGGUUGCGAUGAUGCUUCCUCGCAGGGGCAGAUGUGGAUCAACCCGCUGCAGGGCUGGAACAGCCUGCAGCAGGCAGUUGAUGAGGUGGCGCGGAACUUCCAGAGUGCAGGAGAGAAGCCGCAGGAGAGGAUGGGGGGAGCGAUGGACUCGGACCGAUUUGCAGCCGAAGUGCCGUGGCCGGCGACACUCAUCCUCAUGAUGCAGGAUGGGCUGAACAAGCUUGGGGAGGUCGAGAAUAAGCUCAACUCAAAGCUCAACGAGCAAGGGGGCUCCUUCGGAGGGGACACUUUCAACCAAGUGCUGGACACGCUAAGGAGCUACACUAUCGCCAUCUCGCCAUCGGCAGCUCCCCCCUUUGGAUGCAACCAGCCCUCCGUGCAAGAUGGGGGAUCGGAUGAGGGAGGUGGUGGGUUCCUGGAGAACAUCAAAUCAGGGGGGCUGUUGAAUCUCAUGGAUCCGCUGCAGGAUGUGGUCGAGGGGAUCAAGCAAUGCGGCAGCUCGAUGAGCCAGGGGGCUGACUUCCUGCUCGCGAUGAGGAGCGGAAACUUCGAGGGGCAUGGCGACAUGCAGCAUGACGUGCGAUGGGUCAACGAUAAUCUUGUCGAGGCCGUAGAGACUCUGCUGGACGACAAGGACUGGCAGAUGGUCUCGGCAGACGCGGGGAUCAACAUAUGGAGGAAGUACCUCCCAGCUGACAUGGUAGUUGCGGGCAAGAAGAUCGACAAGGCCUCGAAGUUUGCAUGUGUGAAGGCUCAGGCGGUGAUCGACGCGCCCCUCGAGAAGGUGUACGAUCUCUUUGUGGAUAAUUCCAGGGUGCGGGAGUACAACGAGUACUGCAAGGAAGUGAGGGAUCUUGAGUGGCUGGAUGAGAACACCAAGAUCACUCACUCGCUAUCGGGACGUCCCUGGUCGAGAGACUUCGUCACGCGAGUUCACUAUCGAUCUAUCGGAGAGGACGUCAAGAUGGUGGUCAACCGCGGGGAAGAGCAUCCUCUUGCGACAAAGCAAGCUGGAUACACGAGGAUGGAAAUGUCGCUGGGAGCGAAUAUUAUGCGUCGGCUUGACUCGGAUCCCAACAAGACUCUCUUCACCCUCAUCACGCAUGUCAAUCCGGGAGGCCUUGCGACCACACAGUUCGGAGCGAUGCUGACUAACCGCCUGAGCACGGAGUCGCCCCGACAGUUCUUGCAGAAGCUCAACGAGGCAGCAGCGGCAGGGCAGCAGCUGCCUGAGCAGAGAGAAGAGAGGAACUUGCUGGCGUCCUCUGACUUCAAGAGGAGGAUCGGUCUCACGGUGACGGUGGCCGCCUUGUCACUGCUGAGCAGCCUGAGCAAGGGAAUUCGUUCUCAGAGUGUGGUGGAGGCAACGCCUGCCAAGCAGAUGUUUGCGCCGGAAGUGACGCUUACAGCUGUGUAG